CGGAGUCGGCAGCUCCCCGCGCCAGGCAGCGGCUCCCGCGGACAGAGAGCCCAGUGCCUGGGCAGCCCCCGGCGCCAAACCGCUGCUCUUCGUCACCCUGCCCGAUAUCGGCGAGGAGGGGGUGGCCGAGAGCGACCCCGAGGGCGGAGCCUGCGCCCCUAGCGCUGCCGACCUAGCAAAGGGGCUGUCCAAAGGAUCUACAGAUCAUUGUUUCCCAGGGAAGAGUGGAGAUCUUCCAGCAAUUUUUAUGAGAAAUGUGCAGGACGCCAUUGACAAUUUUACCUGUGAAACUGUUUCGUCACUGUCUUCUAGCAGUCCUAUAACACCAACAGACUUGAAUAAUUCUUGGUCUGGAAUACAAAGCUAUACUACUGGUUUGUCCACUGAAAGAAGCUCAAUUUACUCUUGGAGGGAUGAUGAAUUUGACAAAGCUAAUACACAAAGAAUGAAUCAGUCAUUCUGGGAUGUGGAUGAAAUGUUGUUUGAAGGAAAAGUGAGUUCUCAAACCCAGAGUCUGCAGGCAGAAUGUAAAGAGUGGACCAAACGGUCUCUUCAUCUAAGGAUUUUAGGAAAACAGCUCCUUUUUCCUAGAGAUGAAGGCUUUCAGCAUUUUCAGAGCCAAACGACUUGCUCGGUGUACACCAAAUCUUUACUUGGCUUCUGUGAAAGCACUAGCAACACAAAAGAGCUGUGCAUUUUGGGAUCUAAAUUAGUCCCAGUAGCAUCCCCAGUACACAAAUCAUUAGACUGUGGUUCCCCAAGGAUUUCUGUUUCUGACUCAUCUGAGUAUUCAUUCCUGGAAGAAGAAAUCUAUGAGGUUGAUGGAAAAAUUGAAGAGUAUCUUGCUUUUGACAACAAGGAGCUUGAUGAUGAGACUUUGGAAAAAAAGAAAGCCCAGCUUGCUCGAAAGAGGAAUAAACGUGGCAUUCCUCCUGUUUCUCCCAAUGCCUGUAUCAAAGAUGCAGUGGCUGCUGAAGUGUUUGAUGGUGUCUGGAGCAAUAUAGUUGAAAUAUUGGAGGAGCUGAUUAGAAAGAACUGGGAAACUGCUAUCACAGAGAAUGAUAAGCAGAUGGAGAAAUUGAAAGUUAUUACAAGUAAAUUGCCACAUCUACUAGUCUCCCAUAUUACAGCAGAUACAGCAAGCGUCCCCCCAUCAAGAGGCUCUGAGGCACGAAGCACAUCUUUUGGUUCACAUUUUGUUCCAUCUCAGGUUUACCGUUUCUCCAGCAAUGUUUAUAGUGAUUUGAAUGGCGUCAUGACAAUUCAAGCUAAACCACUCCAACAGAGGCAUGCAAGCUUGGCAGACAAAAUACAGAAUGAGCAAGAAGACAAACAACGUAGCAUAGGCUCCAGUCUUCUCAACUCAGGGCGGAAUCGGCGGGGGCGAAUUACUGAUAACAGUAUUCUCUCAUCAUCUCGGGUACUGCUGGCAUCUUCUAGGAAAAUGCCAACCCAUCGUAGGCUACCAUCUCUCACUUCAGACCCGCUAUGUUCAAAGACUCCUAGUGUGUACAGCGAUGAAGUUCUUAGGGGAACUAAACUGUAUACUGGCUUAGCUCGCUUGUCCUCUCCACUUGUACAUACAGCCCGGAACAAGUUACCACCAAUAAACACAGAGGCUGUUGAACAGUAUCUUUCAGUACCCGGAUCACGGCAAGGCUUUCAUAGAGGGCGAUAUCCUCAUAGUAGAGUGUCAAGCGCAGUACCUGACAGUGCAGAGCGACGACCACUUAGAGAGCGAACUGUCCUCAUUGAUCAGUUUUCAAGACCCAACACAACUCACACAUUCAGGUCAGACACCCCUCAGAAAAGGUCAUUGACGCCCAUGGAUUUUGCAAACAAUACAUGGACAGGUCAAGGCUUUUUAACAGAUUUCUUUAAACAAAUAGUAACCAACUUAGAAGAAUACAGGAAUCUACCCCUGCUAAAACUUUGGAUAGGACCAUUGCCUUUUGUGAUUUUAUAUCAUCCAGAUGCUGUGGAGGUUGUUCUAAACAGUUCAAAGCACAUAGAAAAAUCUUUUCCGUACAAGUUUCUACAUCCAUGGCUUGGCACAGGACUUCUAACAAGCACUGGAGAUAAGUGGCGUUCCAGAAGGAAAAUGAUAACUCCCACGUUCCACUUCACAAUCUUAGCUGAUUUUCUAGAAGUUAUGAACGAACAAGCCAGUAUUUUGGUUGAUAAACUUGAAAAGCAUGUUGACAAAGAGCCCUUUGAUUGCUUUCUAGACAUCACGCUCUGUGCCCUGGAUAUAAUCUGUGAAACUGCGAUGGGCAAGAAUGUUGGUGCGCAGAACAAUAGAGAUUCUGAAUAUGUCCGUGCUAUUUAUAAGAUGAGUGACCUCAUUCAUCAUAGACAGAAGUCUCCUUGGCUUUGGUCUAACUUGAUGUACCCUAUGUUCCAAGAAGAGGAACAUAAUAGAAGCCUCAAGAUCCUUCACAGUUUUACUGACAACGUUAUUGCAGAAAAAGCCCAUGAAAUAGAGAAGCACACACAACAGAAAGAUGACUUUGAUGACAACUGCGAACAAAGUGGGCCCAAAAGGAGAAGAGCUUUUCUUGAUAUGCUUCUCAGUACAACUGAUGAUGAAGGGAACAAACUGAGCUACAUGGAUAUUCGAGAGGAAGUGGAUACUUUCAUGUUUGAGGGGCAUGAUACAACAGCUGCUGCUAUGAACUGGGCCAUCUACUUACUUGGAUGCCAUCCUGAAGCCCAGAAGAAAGUUCACAGAGAACUGGAUGAAGUGUUUGGGAACUCUGAGCGGCCUGUCACAAUGGAGGACCUGAAGAAGCUCCGAUAUCUUGAAUGUGUUGUUAAAGAAGCCCUUCGUCUCUUUCCUUCUGUUCCAUUCUUUGCCCGCACCACAAGUGAAGAUUGCCAUAUUAGAGGAUUUAAGAUACCAAAAGCAACAGAGGUAGUUGUGGUUCCUUAUGUACUGCACAGAGAACCGGAGAUUUUCCCAGACCCAGAAGAAUUUAGGCCUGAGCGAUUCUUCCCUGAGAAUUCUAAGGGAAGGCACCCAUAUGCAUAUGUGCCCUUCUCUGCUGGACCCAGAAACUGUAUUGGCCAGCGCUUUGCACAGAUGGAAGAGAAAGCUGUUCUAGCCAUCAUCCUACGACACUUUUGGGUGGAAACAAGUCAAAAACGAGAAGGGCUUGGCCUUGUGGGAGAACUAAUACUUCGCCCAAAUAAGGGCAUCUGGAUCCAACUGAAGAGAAGAGAGUGUGUGUCAGAAGAAGAAAUCUCACAAGGAUUUUAGAUCCUAAAACC